AUGUCCGGAGAAGACAAGGCUCUGAGCUCCUCCACGCCCAAACCUGGCCCUUAUACCUGCCUGCUACAGGCUCUGAGCCCCUCCACGCCCGAACCUGGCCCUUAUACCUGCCUGCUGCAGGCUCUGAGCUCCUCCACGCACGAACCUGGCCCUUACACCUGCCUGCUGCCUGCUCUGAGCCCCUCCACGCCCGAACCUGGCCCUUAUACCUGCCUUCUACAGGCUCUGAGCUCCUCCACGCCCGAACCUGGCCCUUAUACCUGCCUGCUGCAGGCUCUGAGCUCCUCCACGCCCGAACCUGGCCCUUAUACCUGCCUGCUACAGGCUCUGAGCCCCACCACGCCUGAACCUGGCCCUUAUACCUGCCUGCUACAGGCUCUGAGCCCCUCCACGCCCGAACCUGGCCCUUACACCUGCCUGCUACAGGCUCUGAGCCCCUCCACGCCCGAACCUGGCCCUUAUACCUGCCUGCUGCAGGCUCUGAGCCCCUCCACGCCCGAACCUGGCCCUUAUACCUGCCUGCUACAGGCUCUGAGCCCCACCACGCCCGAACCUGGCCCUUAUACCUGCCUGCUACAGGCUCUGAGCCCCUCCACGCCCGAACCUGGCCCUUAUACCUGCCUGCUGCAGGCUCUGAGCUCCUCCACGCCCGAACCUGGCCCUUAUACCUGCCUGCUGCAGGCUCUGAGCUCCUCCACGCCCGAACCUGCCUUUGCUUUGAUGCAACCUCUGUUCUGUGUGCCAACCUCAGCCACAUCAAGUUCCCUUCCAAAUAAGCAUUACUGCGUCUCCAGUGGCUCCCUACACCCUUUAUAG